CCUGGGACUUCCUUUUUCUAUCUGCAGACUGCUAGUAACUUCUCCACUGCUAGCUUUCUCUUUUGACUCUCCCUGUGGCUCCUGAGACUUAGUCUCCAACUCCGCUCCUAAAGGGAGAUGGCUGAUUUCAAUCCUACCUGGGAUGACCUAUAUGCAGAAUGUAGAAAUAUUCUUCCUGGUAUGUCCGUGGAACAAACUAAACAGAUCGAGGCUGCUAUCAAAGCAGGAAACUUCUUAGAAGCAGCUUCUGUGGUGCAGACAUUCAAGAAUUUGUCAGGCAUUGAGUUCAAUAUCGCCAUCACAGGGGAGCCGGGAUCUGGCAAAUCAUCUUUGGUCAGUGCCAUCCGGGGCCUGGAAGAUAAAGACAAACAUGAAGAUGCUCCUGAAACGGGUGUGCUGAAAAAGACCAAAAAACCAGUACCAUAUUGGCAUCCUAUGUGUCCCAUAAUGCUUGUCUGGGACCUGCCCUCGAUCGGGACCACAGAUUUUCGGCCCGACGCUUAUUUGAGAGAAGUGAAGUUCAGCCGCUACGAUGUCUUCAUCAUCAUCGCUUCAGAGAGGAGCAGAUUCUGCCUCACCGAGCUGGCCCGGGAGCUCACCGGGCUGGGAAAGAAGUCUUACUUUGUGCGCUCCAAAGUGGACUUGGACCUGUUAAAUGAGAAACACAAAAAAAGCUUCAACGAGGAGACAACCCUGGAUAAAAUCAGAAACGACUGCGUCAACAACCUGUCCAGAAUAGGGAUGAGCUCCCCACAGGUUUUCCUUGUCUCGAGUCGGGAAUUUCAGAAAUACGAUUCUCCACAGCUGCAGAAGACUUUGCUAAAGGAACUCUACUACCACAAGACAGAGACGAUCAGGGCCACUGAAGCCCCCAGCAGCAGUGGGUAA